AUGUCAGACAAGGCCAUUCAAAACAACGUACCCAUGCAAGGGCAAGGAGCUUACAGCUCCCACGCUGCUUUGCAGCACGAAGCGAUGCUUCAUGCCCUGCCUCUAUUCCAGCAAGCUGCAAAGACUAUAGUGGAGCGUGGAGUUAAUCGCACAACCAUUAUCGAGUAUGGAUCUGCCCACGGCAAUAACUCGUUAGAACCUAUCCAAAUCAUACUCGAAGCAACUCCUUCACGUCAAAUGGAGCUACUCUUCAGUGACCGUCCAGAGAACGACUUUGGUACUCUGUCUACCACGAUCAUAUCGUGGGCCGAUUCGUUGGACAAAACGGAAUUCCCUCAUCCACUCUUCCUGAACAUGAUACCUCGAAACUUCUACCAGAAGGUCAUUCCUCCUCAAUCUGCACAUCUUGGCUUUUCGCUCGCCGCUCUUCACCAUCUUGAUCACGUUCCCCCUCCUACUGGCGUCCAAUCGGAGGAUGAUCAGCAGCUUCAAAAGCAAGCCCAUCUUGAUCUAUGCACCUUUUUGGACCUUCGUGCCCAGGAGAUCGCCUCGGGCGGCUCUCUUGUUCUCUCAUUCGUCGGUCAAGCUUCUUCUGGUUACGAAAACUACAGUGGACCUGUCGACGCGUGCCGCAACGCCAUGAUCCAGAUGGUCCAGCAAGGAACCAUCCCAGUUUCAGUAGUCGCAGCCUUUCGUGUGCCUACCUACAACCGUACUCUGGAUGAUGUGAGAAAGGCCCUGGACGAGAUGAGCAACGUUUGGGAAGUUCAUGAUCUUUUCGAAGAUGAUGUCACUCAUCCUGCCAUUCAUAACUUGAGAAAGAAACAGGCUCAGGACAAAGAUGCCAGUCAAGAUUACGCCAAUAUCGUUAUUGACUGGAUGAUGGCUGUUUGCUCUGGUUACUUUCUGAAGGCUCUCAAAGUUGGUAACCAAGGGCGUUACAGUGUAGAGGAGGAGAAGAAGCUGUUGGACGAUUGGGUUGCCAGGACCAAGGAGCUGUUUAUUCAAGAUCAUAAAGAUGAGGAGGUUGUUUGUUCAUUUGUCUACGUUCGUUUAGGUAAGCUCUAG